AUGGACGAGGUGGACGGACUGGCGGCAGAAGGUGAGGGAUCCGAGGGACGCGGGGUGGUCUGUAAACCGAGCGACGACGAGACAGCAUUCUAG